AUGGACAACCUUCCUGCAACUCUAGUGUUCGAAAUACUGAGUCGACUCAACAACUCGGCGGACGUUGCGCGCUGCAGAGCAGCAUGGAAGACUUUUGAUACUGUCUCUCCAGACCUUCCAUGGAUCAAUCUCCAGUACCCAUUAAAAAGGUACAUCGAAUUAAGGUCUAGGGAUUCAGAUUCUUCUAGUUCUUCCUCAUUACCUUCCCCUCUCAAGACAAUUAUCCUCCAUCUUAUAUCGAACUCAAGAUCUCUCGAAUCGGUGCAUAUUGGCGCCGAGAAUCUGCCCCUAGACGUGUCUCACGCUGACGUUGAAGAUUAUGGCGAUGAUAUGUACCUCACAGAUGGGGCUUUCGUCAAGAAGUGGCUCCCUAGGGUUUCAGGAACAUUGAAAUCCCUUUCUAUAUCAGAUUUUUGGGUUCAUUCAGGUUGGCGUCGAUCAGAAGUUUUACCCCUCGUCUCCGCAUGCUGUCAGAAUUUGCUAGAAUUAGAGCUGAAGCAUGCAUGGAUUUCUGUAGAGAAUAUGAAUCCAAUGCCAAUGCAUGGAUUUCUGUAG